ACGUUCUUCUGACUUCUGAGGAACUGUUUUUUUUUCUAGUUUCAGCGCGGCUUACAAGGAUCUUUGAACAGGGUUAGAGUCACAAGCGUGUUCAGCCCCAUCCGCGUCCACUCCAUUCCAGUCGUGUAGCUGAAAGGUGUAAAACUGUUUCAGAAAAAGAUCGAGGAGACUGGACAGUCACAGGGAUACUUUUUGUUGCUGAAGAGGAGUACUGACUUCCUCAAAAGGGUACGGUCAACGACGGUUUUGCGGCUCGGUUUUGACGUGCACUGCUCACAAUCCUCGGUGUAGAAGCCAGGAUAGCUAGGCUCCCAUCCAUGGAAACCCAACAUGCGAUCUAUAAUCAGGCCGGUCCAUCAAACUUUACACCUCCUUAUUCACAGGAGGGGCGUCCUCCAGUCCAGUACGCCUCUGGGAGGGGACGAGGGCAUCCGGGUCAUAGGCAUACGAACUACCACCAAGCGCAACAGCAACCCUUCUUCACACCCGGUAUGCCGGGGUCGUAUGCUGGGUACUCUAUGGGCGUGAAUGGGAUGAACGGCGUGCCUGUUCAUGGCCAAUAUACUCACACGCAAACUGGAGCUCCUCCUGGCCGUAGAGGAGGACCAAGCUACCAUACAGGAAACUUUCAGGCUCCCGCUUCACCUGCAUUACACCCGACCCACGUAUAUAAUCCUCACGUUUCUCCGUACUUCCCUCCGGCUGCGGUACCUGGUCCGGCGCCAAUGUACAAUUAUCAAAAUGCACCACCACAUGUGCAACACUACCCUACCCCAUUUUCACCUCCUCUCCCUCAUCCGCAUUAUCCGUUUCCUAACCAACAAAACUUGAAGUCCCCAGUGAUUUCGCCCUUGCCGGAACAUGCUACGGGUUUUCCAAGGACGUGGAAAGCACAACAACCGACCUCUCCGAGGGCUUUGCAUGUUUCGGCUGUCCCUUUGCCCCAACAGCAGAAGCAGAUGCAAAGUCCUGCCAUGAGUUCAAAUUUAACGCCAUCUCCCCCUCUAAAAUUCGACAGCUCGCCUCAAUUAGUCGCGCAUCGGCUGGUAGAUUCCGCUUCUCCCCAAGCUACCUCACCUGUUACAGACAACCAGACACUCCUUUCGGCCAACUCUCCUUCAAGUCCUAAAAUUGUACUACCUUCUUUUGAAAACGAACCUGCUCCUCAAGAAGAGUGGAUUAUAUCUGCAUACAGGCCCGACAAUCCGGCAGCUGCGUUUGGCAUCACAAUUUCCCCCAAGGCAAAGCCACCAUCGCACAUCGUUAGACGAGCACAAGAAUAUACCAUUCCCGCAUACUCUAAUACACCUUCAAUAGAAACAACUGAUAUGCACGCGCCUGACACACAACCAAUUAAGAAAGGGGAGGAUACACCGCCGGACAGCUCCGUUCCUCAGAACGAACAGAUUUCUGGAUCAGGAACUGAAACUGAAUCCCGGGCAUCGACAGUCGGUGAUGCAUUCGUCGCUGGUUCUCCACUAUCAACCGCAACAUCCAUAUCUAUUGCACCCCCUAAAGUGGACGUCUCAAGCGAGUCCGAGUCUCAGGGUACUUCUGUCCCGGAUCCCGUUGUAACAACCACUGAUGUUGACUCUUCUACACGUGCAGCAUCUGAAAUUCCACCUGCUUCGACAGCUACACAAUCUUCCGGAGCUUCGUCAGGCGGCAGGAAGUCGUGGGCGUCCCUUCUUCGCCCAGAUGGGUCGUCUUCCAAGACUAGUCUUCCCACAUCUUCUGUUCAGGGGUUCUCCAUUCCAGCUUCAGUGACAGUCGAUUCACCUCCAGUCUCUACCUCAUCAGAGCCUAGCGGAAAGCGGAACGAUCUUCUUCGGUUAUUGCAAAAUGGCCCUAGCACAAGUGGUGUGCCACAGAUCAGACCUCGCGGACUGGUGAACACGGGGAACAUGUGCUUUGCAAACGCGGUCCUUCAGACGCUCGUAUAUACACCUCCCUUCUUCCGCCUUUUUACGGAACUUGGAAAGUUUAUUGAUGGAACUGGUCCAAACGCGACGAAAUGGGCUGGCAAAGAUACUCCGCUAGUUGAUGCAACUGUAGAGUUCUUGAAGGAAUUCAAACCGAAGGUCAAGGACAGCUCUAGGGACUCACAGGAAGACGAUGAAGACUAUGAUGCCAUCGAUUCCUUCAUUCCAUCCUACGUGUAUGACGCAAUGAAGGAGAAAAGCAGGUUCGAUAACAUGGGAGGCGGGCAACAGGAAGAUGCCGAGGAGUUCUUUGGAUUCUUCUUGGACACGCUCGAAGAGGAAUUGCUAGCUAUCUCUAAGUCCCUAACGGAUGGCUCACAGAUCAAGUCUUCCGGACAGGAACGCAACAGCUCGGAAGGGGAUGACUGGUUAGAGGUUGGAAAGAAAAAUAAACCAGUCGUUGCUCGAUCAACUAAGUCCGUGGAUUCUCCCAUGACGCGCAUCUUCGGGUUUAAGUUCCGCUCAACACUUAAAGUACCCGGACAGCGAGAUUCUGUGAUGGUGGAGGACUGGAAAUCACUGAAAUUGGACAUUCAGCGUGAGCAGGUAGAAUCGAUCGAGGAUGCUCUGCGUUACAUCUCCCACCCUCAGCCAGUACAGAUGUCUUCUGUUACGAAGGGAGGCGCUCUGGUGGAGGCUUCACAACAGGUGUUGGUAGAUACUCUGCCACCAAUAUUAGUUUGCCACCUUAAGCGAUUUUUGUACGACACGACGGCGAAGGAUGUCAUCAAGGUGCACAAGCAAGUGACAUACGGCCCUGAACUUGAGGUCCCAUCUGAUGCGAUUUCCCCGGCGCGGCGAACAGCCCACCCCGUCAAGUACAAGUUGUUCGCUGCUGCUGGUGGUCAUUACACGCUAGAUGUACUUCAUCCGAACCGCAACGCCGAUACGAACGCGAAGCCUCGUGAAGGAUGGAUCCGAAUCGAUGAUGAGCUCGUCUCAGACCUGCGAACUGAAGAUGUGUUCGGGACUGACAGGGAUUGCGCGUACCUACUGUUUUACCGACGGAUAGCAGGGUCAUACGCACGAGCUGCCAUGUCGUGCGCAUUGCAGCUCGCUCGUUCACGCGCUCGUAUUGCUCUUUCUAGACGGUGCAUGGCUACCGCUGCAGCGCAUCCAGGUGCUGUCUCGCGGACCAGCUCAUCGUCUGAGCCCGUCGUCCCGCUUUCCAAUGUAGAAGCACAAUGGGAGAAGCUCUCUGCAGAUGAGCAGCUCACCGUCCAAAGUCAGCUCGAGGAGCUGCAGAAAAAGGACUGGAAGACCCUGUCCAUUGAUGAAAAGAAAGCUGCAUACUACGUUGCAUUCGGCCCCCAUGGUCCUCGGACUCCCAUCACAUCCACCGCUCAGCCCUUGAAAGUUUUCCUUGGGGUAGUUACGGGCGUUGCAGUUGGUCUUGGCCUGUUCUACAGUAUCCGCUCCAUCUCCCCAACCCCGCCGAAGACUUUGUCGAGAGAAUGGCAAGAAGCAAUGAACGAGCGCGCAAAAGAGCAACAGAUGAAUCCCAUCUCCGGUAUCUCGUCGGAAGGCUACAAAGGCAAAGGAUUCGUCCACUAAUUGCCUUGUUGUCUUCACGGUGCUGGGUACGAAAAUGCCCGAGCGAACUCGGUCUAAGCACUCAAGGCAUGGUGUGUUUGGGAUGGGUUUCGUGUUGAAUGGAAGCAACCAGCACACAUCUAGAAGUGGCUGUAGUCUAUUUCAUCCUGCCAUCUGUUUGGCUGUAAUUUCAUUCAAUGGAACCAAUGCAAUCGCUUUACUUAAUCUUUUCUAUCUAUCAUUGUGGGGCGAUGGGCUUUUCUGUUUUCACCUCUUUUAACUUCCGUACAUACCGGUAUUCACCUCACGAGCGCGCGAAGCAUCUUGCGGCUGCUGAAGCUUGAGAACGACAGAGUUGCUGAU